AUGGUGCACAAUUUUCUGCGAAAAUUGAAACGCACAACAUCAGGUCCUGAUGACAUACCAUACUGGUUUUGGAAGACAUAUGCAGAGAUAUUGACUCCUGUUAUAACGAGAAUAUUUAAUACUUCUCUGAAGAGUGGCAAGAUUCCGAAUGUUUGGAAACGAGCUGAUGUGAUACCCAGUCCAAAAGAAAACUCAAUUAAUUCAUGUUCCCAACUUAGGCCUAUCUCAUUAACAGAUGUCAUUAUGCGCCUAUUUGAGAAAUGUGUGUAUCAAAGUGAAGUCGCUGAUACAGUGUAUAAUUAUAUUGGGGAUGAUCAAUUUGCAUAUAAAAAGGGCCAUAAUUCUACCAUGGCCCUAAUAAAAUAUCAACAUAUGUGGUUAAAAAGCCUUGAUGAAGGUGCUAAAUCAGUUAGAGUAAUCACAUUUGACUUUAGUAAAGCAUUUGAUAGUGUCCCACACGAUAUAUUGUUUAAUAAAAUCAAGAAAAUACCCAUUAAUCCAUAUAUCAUAAACUGGAUGAUCGACUUUUUGAACAACCGCAGACAGAGAGUGAAAGUUGAUGGUGUCACAACUGAAUUUCUAGACAUUAAUCGUGGCGUACCCCAGGGUACUGUACUUGGGCCUAUAAUGUUUACUAUAAUGGUCAAUGAUAUCAAGGAGGUGAGUCUCUCCAAUGAUUUAUCCAAAUUUGCUGAUGAUAUUGCAAUAAUAGCACCAGUUUAUGAUCACGAAGAUUCAGCUGGGGGUGAAGUAGAAAACAUGAAGCUAUGGUCAAACGAGAAUAGAAUGUCUUUAAAUAUGGAAAAAACCUAUGAAAUGAUAGUCCGCGGAAAAGUGUCUACUCCCCUUCCCUAUCACAUCCCAUCCAUAAAACGGAAAGAAUGGCUCAAAUUAUUGGGUGUCACGAUGGAAGACAUACCUGGUAAAUGGGAUAAACAUUUCGAAGAGAUGAUGAAAAAAGCUAGUAGCAGAAUGUAUAUUCUAAGGGUUUGUAAACACUACGGGCUCUCUACACAUCAAUUGGAUCUUCUCUUCAAUAGUCUUAUAGUCUCUCUCUUCACCUUUGCAGUUGAAGUUUGGGGUGGAGCAUCGUACAACAAAUACGUAAGUCAAAUUGAUAAGUUUGUCAAUCGUGCCUAUAGAAAUGGUUAUAUAAGCAACAGAUCAGAUUUUAAGGCAACAAUAUCGAACAGAGACAAGAAAUUAUGGUCAAGAAUUAUAAAUGAUGAUAAGAAUGCCUUAUGCAAUCUUUUACCUAGUAAGUUAAAUCGACCUUUACGUCGGAGAGGUCAUGAACUUGAACUACCAAUUGUUAAAACUGAGAGGUUCAAAAACGCGUUUAUAAAUAGAUGUCUUUUCAAUUUUAUAUAAACUAUAUAUCUAUAUCCUUAGAAUUUUAAAGUACUAAAAAUUGAUGUAAAUAACAGUAAGAAUCUAAUUUUUUAUUCUUAAUAUGUAAACUCAGAUGUUUGA